AUGUGGCUUGUCAUGCCGCCGAACGCCUCCCGGUAUGGGCCGGCAGCGAGAUAUGGUACCUCCAAGAUAGUUGGCGAUGGCGCCCAUGGGCAUUCGCCAAGCAAGCCCAGUAGACCCGAACAUCGAAUUACAAUCACGGCUAACACGAGUAGUCAGAUUAGCAGCAACGCAGCUACUUACAGUGGCAGUAAUUCAUCAACUCACAAUGCUUGGACCCCUAAUCGUGGAUUUCCCAUCCCUUCCACACAGUGGAAUGGCUAUGCACAAGAGCCUCGAUGGGACCCGCAGGAUGCCUACAUCGUGGAACCUGCAAUGGACGCCUUCAUUGUUGAUGAUAGAGCAUGGCGGCAGCGUGGCGCUCGAUCUUCCCGCGAAGACAUCCCAAUGCCCGAUUAUGCCUCUACCGGAUCGACCAGCAGCCGGGCCAUCUCUUCCAGCAUGACUGGGAUGAGUUACGAACACAGCAAGCAGCCUAGCAUCACUUCCUAUCUUGAUGAUGAGCAAUACAAUGAGCUGAUCCAAGCUCUGACACCAACGAAGGCGCCUCCAGUGGGUACUCGCGCACCCUCCAACACUCCAUCCACUGCCGCCACCGCAAUUUCUGCCUCAAAGCCUUCGGCUGCAGCCGAAGCUAGAUCUGCGGGCUACAAGACUCGAAGCCGGCGUGCAUCCGCACUCAGAGAGCUGUCGCAACCAAGCACCCGUCAUGUUUCGGGAUCGAGCGAGCCUAAGAACUUGACUCCAUCCAGGAUUGGAGCGAGUCUAAGCGAUAAAGUCCGGAGCAAAAAAGAGAUUCAUCAAGAGACUAGCCAGGAGAACCCCAAAGCGCAGUCUGAGGGGAAGGUAACUGCGAAGGAAAAAUGCAACUCCAAGGACGAGGAAAAUGCUCAGGACGAGAAUGAGUCGGUUUUGUAA